AUGUCGGUGCGCCGAUCGAAAAGAGCAAAACCUGUAGCGGAGCUGAAACCCUACGGUUUCUGCUGCCGCGCCGAUACCGAUUUACCGAGGUACGGCCGCAACCCGGGCAUCCGCAGCUCGCUGGACAGCCUUCGGUCGUUGCACGAGUGCCCGGCCCUCCGGCUCGUUACCCAAGAAAUCGUCAAGCGACCGAAACGACCAGCCGGCGAUGCCGUAGACUGGAACGAUCAUCACCAAAGCUCAACCGCUGCGGGUGGGGCCCUGUUGGGCUCCGCGGGGGGUAGGAUGUCGCGACACCUCAUGCCGACCGAGAGCGAGAUCGAGCUACUGAUCGACGAGUCGAGGAAGAGGAGGCAGGAGGAAUACGAGCGGAACAUGGACCGAUGGGCCGAGUUGGCUGAGAAGCGGAUUAUCCAGCAGAGCAAGAGGAAAAUCAAGUGCCCGGCACCCUGUUGGUACACGGAGUUUUCGGACGUGCAGUUGAGACACUUGCGAGAACUGGAGGACGAAAUGUUCAAGGACAAGGAGGAAAAAACGAUCGACAGAACCGAGAGCUGCCUCGGCUCCAUGGGCAUGGUGACGGAGGUGGCGCGAGUCGAGCCGAGGGUCAUGCGACGUCUGAUCGUCGAGUACAGCGAGGAUCCGUUGACGUUUCUGCGCGAGGUCUACAAAGCUCUCAACGGCCGGUACUUCGAAGAGGAGGGAUCGAAAAACGUGUACCUCUGCCACGAGAGGGUCCUCUUGUCGGGCAUCGUCUUUCUGGAACUGCCCAGAGUCAUCGAGGCGCUGCACGAGAGGCUACCACCCGUCGACGAGUGGUCCUUCCCACCAAAACCCGAGCGGCCCGUCGUGAAGAUACCCAGGAAAGUGAGCGAGUCCCCGUUGCUCGAGAAGUUGAGGCUGCCUUACAACUGGAGACUGUACCGGACGCGCUUGUUCGAAUGGCACGUAAAGUGUUCGAGCAGUGCGCGACCGGUAGCCAUUUUGCCGAAGAAAAAAUCCCCUCAGGAGGAUACAGCCAGACCUACGGAUGUCGUUGAACCUAAGAUCGAAGAAGUGACCGAGGAUACGACAAACAAUGGGCUCGAAAAGGAUGACAAUGAACCGAUGAAGACUGAUGAAGUCGACGAAUCCGAGGUUCGAGAAGACGUUGAAACUGCCGAUACCGAGGUUCCGGAGACCCGUGGCAGAGACUUGUACCAGAUGAAAAGUCAGUUUAUACACAUUGCCUUGGGAAUCAAAACAAAAAGUAUACGGACGUCUAAUGUAUAAACGUUGGUUUCAGCCGACUGGACAACUCCGCAGACUCCCUGCCCGUACAAGUACCGCCGGCUGCUCGACCAACGAGGCCCCCUGGCGACGGACGAGCAAUUCUUCACGGAGUUGAACAGAACCGGCGACGAGGGGAAAAGGGAGUUCCCGGCUGGUAGGGAGAACUUGUCCCCCAAGAUGCGGAGCUUCCUCUGCGACGUGGAGGCGGACUUUUUCGAGUUGACCCGGGAAGCCGAUCGCAUCACCGGGGCCGUCAACGACGUCGUCAAGGAGAUGCAGGUAGCCGAGUUCGCUUGCGACGCCUGCUGCGCUUGCCAGCAGAUCAAGAAGCAACACAUCAGGUGGCACGCCGACAAGUCCCCUUACGGUGUCAUCGACGGGGUUAACUUGGACGAGGAUGGCAACGGACAGGUGAUUGGCGCCAUAGCCUUGCACUCGCCGGCCUCGAGCAUGUCCUCGCUGAGCCAGCCGGUGUGCGUCCCGUCAAAGGAAAAACUCGUCAAGAACAAGAUUAUCGCCGGUGCCAUCGCGGCAGACGACGGCGAAGUGGUUAACCUCAUAGAUGGCUGUACAAAGGCCCUCGAGCACGUGUCAGCCGAGUGCUUGCGCUCCGCUUGCGCGGGCGGGGUGAAGAACGUGCCCCCUUGCGGAUGCUCGACCGAAGAUACGGGAAGAGAUGACGAGGAACCGACAGAUUCAAAGUACGAGAGCGUGUGCUUCGGUAAGAAGUUUCGUCCCGACGAGGGCCCGGCUUACGAGUGUCCGGAGUUUGGUGGGCAGACGACAGAGGUGGCCGACGAUGACUGUGGCUGCGAAGAGGGCGCUCCCGAGUGUUCCGAAGAGGGCGCUGACGACGAGCUGCCCGAAGACGGGGACUGUUGCAGGGCUUACCUGGAAGAGAAACCAGAGAAGCAGAAGAAAAAGGAGGAGUGCAACGUGUGCAAAAAGUGCGGGAAAAGGCAGGCAACACCGUGCGGAAAGAAGAAAGGGAAUAGCAAAAAUUGCGACUGCGAGAGCCUGUCGGAGUUCUUACGGAUGGACCUAACGGAGUUGAAAUGCGCCAAGCCACCGAGGAAACAGUUUUUCCGGGAGUCGCAAAAGGGGAUAAAGAAACCGCGCCUCGACAAGUCAAAGUGCAAACAACAAAAACGCGAGGUUCAGGGGGACCAGGUGAAGGCCAAAAAGGCUCGCGACAAGCGGCCAAAGCGCGUGUCGAGGGCGAAAGAGUGCAGCAAGGAACGGUCCGAGGAGGCCAGUUUGCCAGAAAAUACCUGCGAGGUGGCGCCGGGUGAAAGUGGCGGCCCCUACGGCUACAGGACGGCCUCCGAGGAGGCCCUACCUACCGAGCGUACAAUCGCCUACUUGGUGAACCGGUGUCCCCCGGAUACCCCUGCAGAGAUGGUAGCCGUGCGCGAGGGCGGUCGCGCCUGUCGGUGUCGCGAGAAUCGAAACAAUCGCAAGACCCUCUUAUACAACGUCGGAGCCGUGAGCGACGAAUCGGGACGAGGGGCGGACUCGACGCAGGUUGUCGAGGGAGUUUGUUGGCUGACGCCGGUGCCGAGCAUCAGGCGGAGCGACGAGUACAUACCCGAGUACGAGUUGUACGACUCUCCGUACGGCAGACCGAGGAAACCUGAUGCUCCGGUGAACGACAAUAAAGAUGCGGAUGACGUCGACAAAACCAGGGCGCGCGAAAAGGGCUGGCACAAUGCGGCCAAGGACGAAUACUUGACGGACUUUUUCACGAAGAAGCGCGAUGGAGGCGGCUGCGGCGACGCGUGCCCAAAGUGCAGGACAACCAACGCCGAGCCGCGCAAGCUGAAAGUCAUGAAGCCCGUGUGCGAGUGCGGCUACGAGAGGAAGAUCGUCAAGAGAAACGAGGACCGGCAGAGGUGGGCCGAGCGCCAGAAGCGACUCAAGGCCAUGGAUAAGGAGGCUUGUGUGCACGUCACCGAGAUAUCGGGACAAGUCGAGGAGACUGCCGAGGAGGAGCCCGUUCGAUGUGGUAAAACGGACAACCGAGCGUUGACGGUCGUGGCCGACGUGGUGAUGCAGACGCCAUGCGUUACCCCAAGCCCGAGCCAACACUCGCCGUUGUUUGCUCCGCUCGGGGUGGACAAGGUGGUGACGACGUGUACACCCGAUGGCUUGCCUGUCCAGCAAAAGGUGAAUAAGGUCCCGGAUGCGAACAAAAACGUCAAAGCUACAGUGCAGGAGGAGGCAUCGGGAAAUCAAAAUCGGUCCAAGAGCAGAAACCGGUCGAGUGCAAGUGACCUGCUGAAAAACGGUGACGACAAAGCCGCCGUUGAUAAGAACAAUGAGGUGGCAGUGGGUGGAAAAGGAGAACAAAAGGAUACCGAUACGAAAGUGGUGCCCGGAGAAAUCGGCAAGAGCGGGCAGAGGCGCGAGUCGGUUUAUUACCGCAACAUGGAGGAGGAUCUGAAAAAUCGGAUCGGAGAGGAGCUGCAGAAAAUGGCGCAAGAGGGCUUCGUGACGGUCAAGCUGCCAAAUUAUCACGAAAUGCCGCAGAUCUCGUACUGGAUUUCUUAUCGAGUUAGGGGCAUGCGUGUCGCGGAAAAACACAAAAAAAAAUUGAUGAAGGAGUCGAUGAAAGUGUGGGAAAAAAUUGAGCACAAUUUGAAGCCGGGCGUCGAGGCGGACGAGUUGCAAGUGUCGAGUAAAGAACGGAGCAUGUUGAAUUUCGGCUACGUCAUGUAUUGGAAGAGAAAGAUUGCAAAAAAACAACUGGAAUUUUACACGAAUCUACGCCAGGAUGUCGUCAAUUACGGUCGAACUACGUGGCGAACCAUGGAGUACGGAAAGUUUCCGAACGUACUGUUCAAGCAAGCCUUUUUCACGUAUUUCCCAUGGAGGGAGAAGGAUGCUUUCGUGUUUCGUCCUUUGUGA